AUGGAGAUCGCGCUGGUGACUUUGGAGAACGGCGGCACCACGGCCAUCGCGGGCGGCGACGAUGCCGCGGCCGCCGGCGGCCGGGCGCGCUGGCGGGGCAACUUGCUGCACCUCGCCGGCUCGCCGCAGCUGAGCGACGGCAAGGAGAACGCCCCUCCGCCGCCGCCGCCGCCCGCGGGGGACGAGGAGCGGGAGCGGCCCCCGCCGGGUCCCCGCGCGGGAGGCGGCGGCGGCGCGAGCGGCCCCGACGAGCGGCCGGCGGAGCUCCGCGCUGCCCUCACGCCGCCGCCGCGGCCGCCGCCCCGCGCCCCGCGCCCCGCCGCGGACAUGGGGCCGUCCGAGGAAGGGGGACACCGCCGGGGCAUGGCCAUGGCUGCGGCCGGCGACGAGGAGGAGGAGGCGGCGGCGGCCAACCCGGGCGCCAUGCACCAUCAGCGGGUGCUGAUCAACAUCUCGGGGCUGCGCUUCGAGACGCAGCUGGGCACCCUUAACCAGUUCCCCGACACGCUGCUGGGGGACCCCGACAAGCGCAUUCGCUACUUCGACCCGCUCCGCAACGAGUACUUCUUCGACCGCAACCGGCCCAGCUUCGACGGCAUCCUCUACUUCUACCAGUCCGGGGGCAAGCUCCGCCGGCCCGUCAACGUCUCCAUCGACGUCUUUGCCGACGAGAUCCGCUUCUACCAGCUGGGUGAGGAGGCCAUGGAGCGCUUCCGGGAGGACGAGGGCUUCAUCAAAGAGGAGGAGAAGCCCCUGCCCCGCAAUGAGUUCCAGCGCCAGGUCUGGCUCAUCUUUGAGUACCCCGAGAGCUCCAGCUCAGCCCGGGCCAUCGCCAUCGUCUCCGUGCUGGUGAUCCUCAUCUCCAUCAUCACCUUCUGCCUGGAGACCCUGCCCGAGUUCAGGGACGAGAGGGAGAUGCCCGUACCUCUGCCCCCACAAGGUGGAGGUUUAAAUGGCACGCCCGGGGACUCCCCACCCAUGCAGCCACCCAGUAGCCUGGCUGACCCCUUCUUCAUCAUUGAGACCACCUGUGUGAUCUGGUUCACCUUUGAGCUCCUCGUGCGCUUCUUCGCCUGCCCCAGCAAGCCCGAGUUCUCCCGCAACAUCAUGAACAUCAUCGACAUCGUGGCCAUCAUCCCCUACUUCAUCACCCUGGGCACCGAGCUGGCCCACGAGCAGCAGCAGCCCGGGGCUGGCAGUAGCAAUGGGGGUGGGGGGCAGCAGCAAGCCAUGUCCCUGGCCAUCCUCAGAGUCAUCCGCCUGGUGAGAGUCUUCAGGAUCUUCAAGCUCUCCAGGCACUCCAAGGGGCUGCAGAUCUUGGGACAGACUUUGAAAGCCAGCAUGAGGGAGCUGGGCCUCCUCAUCUUCUUCCUCUUCAUCGGGGUGAUCCUCUUCUCCAGUGCUGUCUACUUUGCUGAGGCCGAUGACCCCGAGUCUCAUUUCUCCAGCAUCCCUGAUGCUUUCUGGUGGGCUGUGGUAACCAUGACUACUGUGGGCUAUGGGGACAUGAGACCUGUCACUGUGGGGGGCAAGAUUGUGGGCUCCUUGUGUGCCAUCGCUGGUGUGCUCACCAUUGCCCUCCCUGUCCCUGUCAUUGUGUCCAACUUCAACUACUUCUACCACCGAGAGACUGACCACGAAGAGCAGGCUAUCCUCAAAGAUGAACACAGUAGUGCUCAGGGCAGCACUGUGGGGGGAGAAGUGAAGAGAAGACCCAGCAAAAACUCUCUGAACAAAUCUGUUGUGCACUUGGAAAACAGUGAGGAGUUCAACAAUGGCACCAGCUCCUUAGAGAAAGCAAAUAUCAAAGCAAAAAGUAAUGUAGAUCUCAGAAAAUCCCUCUAUGCUCUCUGUCUGGACACCAGUAGGGAAACAGACCUGUGAGGAGAGGAGACGGUUAGAGUUCAGAGGGGCAGAAGGAUUUUCUGGUGUCAGAAACUUGCUACUAUAAUUACUCUUUUAGUACCAAUUAGUUUUUUAAGUCAGGCUGUACUUUAUAAAUUGAUCACUGUCCUGAGCAGUCCUCCAGGAAUACAUGUUUUUGUGGUUUUUUUCCAUGACACAAAGGGUCACCUAUUUUUAAAACAGACUAAGAAUAAGCUACACUCCAUACAGGAGCUGGUAAAUUAUGACAGUGAAAAAUCUAAUUUGUAGAAACUUAUUUUACGAAUGACCAUUGGUUUUGAAUGGGUAAUUUGUAACCAAUUCAGUUGCCCCGAGUUUAGUGUAAAGAACUGGGGGGAUGUGUGUGUGGAGAAUGAAUGGAUUGGGGAUGGGAGGGAGGAGGUUGAAGGGUUUUGUAUUACAGUUUCAAAUUGAAAAUAUUCAAAUAUAUUUUGUAUCUGUAUGACUGUAUUUAUGGUUGAAAGGAGAUUUCUUAUUCCUGUGAAAUAUGAUAUCAUUAAAGCACUAGGAACAUUAGCAAAUCAGCACUUUCUGAGUUUUCCAGUAGUGAUCAGCACAGAUCUGGUUAUCUUGUAUGUGAAGUGAAUUUGGUGCUUUGAACCCUAGAGCAGAAACUUCUGUUGUCAUUGAUAUGUUAGUUUCUUGUGAGCCUUAAAUUAUUAAAUAUUGUAGAUAUACUUCUUUAUAAUAAUUUUAUUAGUUACCUUCCUGUUUCAGAAUUUCUAAGUCAUUCAGUCAUGUGCUUACUGGCCCCACUCAAAAAAGUAUGUGCAACUUUUCUUUUUCUUUUUUCUUUUUUUUUUUUUUGUGGUUUUACAGUUUUGUAUCUUUGUUAUAUUGUUGAGACCUAAAGGAAAAAAAUACACUCUUCUGCUGUUACUGGUUUAAAUCUAGUGCACAACAAAUCUAAAGUGAUCUGAACAGAUUUUCAAGUGCACAACAGAUCAAAAACAUGAGGGAGUGGAUAGGCACAAUGAGAAAGUAGAAUAUUGAGUGUAAUAUCUGCAGAACUGUUUUCACUGUACACUCGAGAUUCCUUGAGUGUGUGUAUCAGUCGCCUUUAUGUAUGCACACACCAUUUGUGUACACAGUUCUCUGGUUUUAGUUCUCUCAGACUGGGAGUGGAUUGCACUUCAGGAGUCGAACGUGGCGUGCUGUGCUGCUUCAGCAACCAUCGUGUGGCUUUUCUCUUGGACACGGAUGAAAAGCACCAUCUUUUCAUCAAAACACACCCCUGGUUUCUUGUAUUUCCAAACAAAACCUUCUCAGUGCUGUGGAUUUUACAGUUGAGGUGUUGUUGAGAGACGAGUGACACCUUGCCUUCAUCAGGAUCACAGCUAACUCUGAAGACCGACGAAAAGUUGCUCCUUUAGCUCAAAGAGCUUUCUUACAAUUUCUCUUGCAAAGGACGUCUUUGUUUCCCCCUCCAACUUCUGUUGUAUUGCUGAAGGAUGGUCCAUGCCUUUCCCACAUCCUGUGGCACAGCAAGAGUAGCAGAGAAGAGAAGGCUUGAUUGUCAACAUCACUCAAGUUGCUGCUUGAAGUACUCCCUCUAGCCUAGAGAAUAUUUGCUUGUUCACAUAAAGAGCGAACCUUCUGUGCUGUUGGCUUCUGACUGGUUUGGAAAUGCCCUCAGGAAGAUGGAGAUGGAAGUUCAGAUAGAGGGAAAGGAGGGAAUUUGGAUUCUUGAGCAGGGGCUGUCAUCACUCCAUGAAGAGAGUGACCUGGAGCUCAAGCAGUAGUGAUGUUCUCCAGACAGCUCUCCACGGCUUCCCUAAGACACCAGUGAGCCACGAGACUGAGGCAGAAAUUCCAGUGUGGGGAGGGUGUGAGUCAUGAGAUGACACUGACCAUUAGGAAGACACUGCUGCAGAGUCUGAAACCAAACCAGCCUAUUCCUUGUUCUCAAGUCAUCUUGGGUUAGAAGCUGCUGAAAAACUUCCUUCUGGAUAAAUAACUGUGAUGUCCCCAUCAUCCGCAGAAUUGGAUUCCUUCACUGGGAUUGCUGAAACACUGGUCUGCUCCAAGGUUUCUCUCAUAGAUGAAUAGUUCAGCUUCACAACAGGAGUGAGAAAAGUUUAAAUGCUUUAGGGCUCACUCUCAGGCACAAGACUUUAUUAUUUGAGCUUUUGUUUGGAAAUAAAUUGAGUUCUUGUCAUAGAUUGGGCAUCUUAUCCCCUGCUUCUUACAUAUCAAACUUUCUCAUAAUUCUGGAAGAAGAUUCAAGUGUUUGUUCUCUUUCUUUUAUUGGCACUCGUCUUUAUUUAUUUAUUUUGUAUUCUUGGGAUGUGCUGCAUCUCUGGAGUUUGUAUUUCUACUUUUACCAUAAAAAUGCUGUACAUAGAAGUCUAGAAUGCAUCUGAAGAUUAGUCUAAUUUUUCAUGUGACUUUGACUUGAACGUUUUUCUAUUUAUGUUUAUAUUGCUAUUUCAAAUAUGUUCAUUACCUGUAUUCUUUAUGCUUGUUCCCCAUCUCUCUAACUCAAUAAAAUA